UCCGGUGAGGAAAGAUGGCCGCGGCCGCUCGGGACUCACGUGUGGGUGCGGGGAAAAGGCUGAAAAAUUCACUGAAGAAGAAAAAGAAGAUGAAAAUGGUAGCCCGGGCCGUGGCUUCGGAGUUGGAAGAAGAGGGCAAAGACGCUGCCGACAGUGGAGGUUCCGUAAGAAGCUGUGGGCCAGAAAAGGAUCGCUUUUCUUCUGAUGAUGAAGCAGCGGAAGCUGAUAAUGAAGAUGAAGUUGAACCCAACGGCAAUGAAAAUGGAAAUGCACCCGAAGCUAGUGUUGGAACUAAUGUGGGCUGGGCGGAUGCCAUGGCCAAAAUUCUUAACAAAAAAACUCCUAAAAGCAAACCCACUAUCCUGGUCAAAAACAGAGAGCUGGAAAGGGAAAAAGAAAAGUUAAAACAAGAGAGACUGGAGAAAAGAAAACAGCUCGAUAAGAAGCGGGAAUGGGAAAUGAUGUGCAGAGUAAAGCCAGAUGUUGUCAAAGACAAAGACAGAAAUCUUCAGAGAAUUGCAACAAGGGGUGUGGUACAGCUAUUCAGUGCUGUUCAGAAGCAUCAAAAGAACGUUGACGAAAAGGUUAAGGAAGCCGGAAGCUCAAUUAGAAAACGUGCUAAAUUGAUAUCGACUGUUUCCAAGAAAGAUUUCAUCAGCGUUCUGAGAGGGAUGGAUGCAGGUACAAGUGAGAAAAGUUCGAGUGGAAAGGACUUGAAAGCCAAACAGACUGAAGGGAAAUCAGAAGAGCGCCCUGGAUGGACAAUCCUACGAGAUGAUUUCAUGAUGGGAGCGUCCAUGAAAGACUGGGACAAAGAAAGUGAUGGCGCGGAUAACAGGAGACCGGGGUCUGGAAGCGACUGGGACACAUAGGCUGUAGAGGAAACGCAUAUACCGUCGUCGUAUUUUUCCUAGAAAAAUACCUCAUGCUCUCUGAGUUGGACAUUUAUAAAGCUAAAAUUUGUAAGAAAUCCAGAAGACUUUUACUAUUACCAACUUGGUGUUUUUCCUUUUCAUGAAAACUUUGUGAAAAUUAGGUUUUCAGACUAUGUAUAAUUUUAAGCAUUGUUCCUCACAACAUUUGUGAAAAGAAGUGUUCCUUAUUCAUCAGCGAGAUGGCACAAUUUGCCAGGACAUUAUAAGUUUUACACACUGGUCUGGA